AUGGAUGAUUCAUUUUUAAUGAAAUCAAUGUUUAUCUCUACUUCAUACUUUUGUUUCAUUUUAGUGCAAAUACGUGCAAGUUUCAUUGAUAUUCAUCCAAAUGCAACGUGGUCAACGAAUGGUAUCACUGUUGCUGGAGGAAAUGGAAAAGGCAGUGAAAACAAUCAACUCGAUUGGCCACAUGGUUUGUACGUCGACGAUGAUCAAACGAUUUAUGUUGCUGAUACUGACAAUCACCGUAUUGUGGAAUGGAAAUCUGGUGCAACAAACGGCACAGAAGUUGCAGGUGGAAAUAGAGCAGGGAAUGAAGCUCAUCAAUUAAAUAGCCCAUUUGAUGUGAUUAUCGAUAAAGAGAGCGAUAGUCUCAUCAUUUCCGAGUACAAUAAUAACAGAGUAGUUCGAUGGCCUCGUCGAAAUGGUACUCGUGGAGAAACAAUUAUUUCAAAUAUCUCUUGCUGGGGUUUGACAAUGAGCGACAAUGGUUUUCUCUAUCUCGUUAACGAUUUAAAACAUGAAGUGAGACGAUAUCAAAUUGGUGAUACUAAAGGAACAGUGGUUGCAGGUGGCAAUCGAAAAGGAAAUCGUCUCAAUCAACUCUCUUACCCCUCCUACGUAUUUGUCAAUCGAGAUCGUUCAGCUUAUGUGUCUGAUACUGAAAAUCAUCGUGUCACGAAAUGGCAAGAAGGUGCAAAACAAGGUAUUGUCGUAGCCGGUGGUCAAGGAGAAGGAAAUAGUCUUACACAACUGCAUUCGCCUAAUGGAGUCGUUGUCGAUCAAUCGGAUACUGUCUAUGUGGCUGAUUCUAGGGGUGGCACUUUAACUUUAAACUUUACAAGUUAA